AUGGAGAUGACCAGCAUCCAGGGACUUUGGAAUUGCUGUCCAUAUGUCAAUCACACCGGUAUUCCAAAUUCAAAGGUGUAUUUUAUGGGAGAUAAUUUUGAUCUCCACGCUGUCCGCAAUAUCGAGCCUGGAGAAGAGAUUACCUUGAGUUACAAACCCAUCUGGCCAGAAACUCUGAAGGGAAAGGAGGCAUUCUGGAAACCUUGUGGCUUUAACUACACUUGCCGAAUCUGCGCACUUAAAUCUAAUAUCUCGGAAAGAAUCCUGCAAAAGCGACUUCAAUUCAUCAAUCAGUGGAAGCAAAACCAUGAACACUUCGGCGAGCACACUAAAGCUUGUCAGGCGCCGCAGCUAGCCAAUCCGGAAUGGGACAAUGCGACGCAAGAAUUGCGCGAUCUGGUUCAGUUUGUGGCGGAUCUCGAAGCAACAUACCUCAUUAACCAAUACGAAGCUAGUGCUAAACUGAUGGCAGUUGUGCAAUCGCUACCCUACCUCAAAAUCAAGCAAUCGUUAGCUUUAAACGACCUUGGGUUUGUCCCCCGUAAUCCUAGAACCUCCAUCACCGAGAUCUGUCUCAUUUACUCGCAGAUGUCCGCAGUCGCUUACCGAUAG